AUGUCUCUAUGCUCCGAUGUUCACGAGCCACCAUAUAAAGUCCGACAGAGAAGGGACUCGAUGGCUCGACCAAUCCGCAAGCGCAUCAUCAUUUGCUGCGAUGGAACAUGGCAGUCCGCCGUCUCGGGGAAGAAAAACGUCCCAUCUAAUGUGACACGUCUCUGUCGCGCCCUGAACAGUGUCGGGACGGACGAACAAGGAAACCAAUGGCAGCAAAUAGUCUGGUAUGAUUCCGGAAUUGGCACAACCUCAGGUCCUUUUGGAAAAGCGAUCGAAGGUGCCGUUGGCUUAGGACUGGAAGGAAAUGUCGUCGAAGCGUAUAACUUCUGUGUCCUGAACUACAGACCCGGCGAUCAGAUUAUGUGUUUUGGUUUCUCAAGGGGCGCAUUCACGGCCCGGGCCAUUGCCGGGUUGAUCUCGGAUAUUGGUAUUUGCAAUAAACAGGACUUGAACCGAUUUCCCGAUCUCUGGAAGGUUUACAAGAAGAAUAAGCCCGGCGAGCGGUUCUAUUGCAGUGACCUCUGGUUUGAGUGGAUGGAUGGCAAGGCCGAUGAGAACCAGGGCGCUCGGGGCGAGACUUUUGUAUUUGAAAAGCGUCCCGAGGGCGAUUGGGCUCAGGAGGGGUCAAGGGAUGUCGAAGUUGUUGGCGUCUUUGAUACGGUCGGCGCUAUUGGAAUGCCUGAGGUACUGGGAGUCAAGCUACCAUCAUGGCUCUUAUGGUGGUCGCCGCACAAAGGUGGUUGGGAAAACGUUGGACUUUCACCUAAUGUCAAACAUGCGUUCCAGGCUUUGGCCCUCGAUGAACACCGCAACGCCUUUUCGCCUACCCUAUGGUAUCUCCACAAGUUUGGAAAUGUCACUUCAGAGCAGAUACAAGCCCAGAAGAAGAUUAUUGAUCAGAAAGCUCAAGAAUGGGACGAAGUCUUACAAGAUGCGAUCAGCCUCAAAGGUAGCGGCAGGGCUAGUGAUGAGGACGUUAACAACGCAGCUCGCAAGCUAAACGAGACAGCUAGAUCCUUGAACCAGGAGACUCGAAAGCUCAUCAAGCUGGAGGAUGACCACAAGCACCAACGUCAUCCCCGAACAUUGAAACAAGUGUGGUUCCCCGGUUAUCACAUUAACAUUGGUGGAGGUUCGAGUGAAACGCUCGAAGAUGAGGGUGACAUGGAAGAAAUGUCUAAUAUCACCUUCUACUGGAUGUUGGACCAGAUCAGACCCUACCUGUCUCUCAACGACGAGGCUCUUUCUGAUGAGAGAGAAGAGAGAGAAUAUCAUAUGUCGACACUUGUCGAAGACACAGUCAAUAACGGGUCCCUGGUAAGCUGGGCUCAACGCAAAGCUGCAGCAAUAACCUCUGUUUUCAAACGUCCCUCCGCCUCAUCUGUCAAGUCUGUCGAAAAGCGACGCGGCUAUGGCUGGGGAACAGGACCACUGGAAGACAGCUUUACGGCAUUUUACUACGCCAACGGCUCGAAGAGACGCACACCUGGCGGCUAUGAUCCUUUCGACAAAGAAGGAAAUCUACUGGGGGAGACCUUUGAGUUUAUUCAUCCAGUGGUGGGAUUUAGGGAGAAGCAGAUCAAAAAUUAUACACCCAUUGGGCAUGAUGUCAAGUUUGGGCGUCGGAAGGCCGUUGACGAGAAGGGCCAGCCUUGUUAUGUCUAUGACCUGGGGAAGGCACGCAAUCCCUUGCCCGAGUGGCGCUUAGGGGGACUUGACUCUUAUGAAAGGAUUGCUAUCACUGGAAAGGCUGCGUACGAUUAUGUCGACGAACUAGAUCUGUAUCUGGAGACUGGGGUCAAGACAUCCCGUCGGUCUGUUUGGGGAGCUCGAGAUAUUGACCUUGGGAUUGAAGUGCCUAGAGUCACUGAGCCCGAAACCAUUGGGUCCAGAGCUGGGAGUGUGCAAUCGGAGUUUAAAUCGGAGAAAUCUCAACAGAGAAGCUUCGAAUGGACGGGCUUUGGAACCAAAGGAAUGCAGUUGAGGAGCUCAGAGAUCUCAUACACGGAGGAGACAAUAACUGUGAUGUGA